AUUUGAAAAAAACAAUGAAGAAAAUGAAAGAAGUAGAAGAAAAAACGUGAUGGGAGAACACAACACAACAGAGAAGAAAGGGGCCAAAAGACAAAUCAGAAACCGAAAAGGAAUUGAACAAAACAAAAUCGUUCACAAACACAAAGGCACCAACCAACCUCUUCGAAUUCGCGUUUUCUUCUCUCUUCGCCUCGCCAUCAAAUUUGAUUUUGUGCAAUUAACCCCUAGUAUGUUUGGAUGGAGGAAAUUGCAUGGGAAAGGGAAAGGGAAAGGGAGCUGCUGCAGGCAGUGUAUGUACUGCAAUCCUCCCAAUUUGGUUGAGACUCCACAUAUGCGACAAGGACUGCACUCUGUUCUAGACCUUUGUUUGAAAUUAAACAUUUUACAUUAACUUUGGUCAUUGAUGUGGCCCAUAUGCUUGCUAUUCAACAAGAUUCUCAAGGCAGGGGAUGAAAGAGAAUUAAAAGGAGAUAAUUUGAAUGUGAUAGAUCCAUACCUGUUUCAGCAACCAUCAAGUAACAUAGAUUCCCAUCCUCCCUCCUUGCGCCGUUCACACUUCUUUGAAGUACCACACAUAAACCAAAUAUAUACAUGGGAUUGUGGCCUUGCUUGUGUCUUGAUGGUUUUAAAAACUAUCGGUGUCAACAACUGCGAUAUUCCAACACUGGCUGAACUAUGCCGCACAACUAGCAUUUGGACUGUUGAUUUGGCAUAUUUAUUACAGAGAUUUGCUGUUGCUUUUUCCUACUUCACGGUGACAUUUGGGGCAAAUCCAAACUAUUGCAUUGAAUCAUUUUACAAGGAGGAACUGCCUAAUGAUCUAGUGAGAGUGGAUUUGCUAUUUCAGAAAGCAAUGGAGGCUGGCAUUGAUAUACAGUGCAGGUCAAUUAGUGCAGAAGAGAUUUCUAUUCUCAUAUUGUCUGGGAAAUAUGUUGCUAUUGCAUUAGUUGAUCACAACAAAUUGAGUCAUGUUUUGCAAGAUGUUCCUGUGCCUGGUGUUUUCAGCAACAACUCUGGCUACACAGGUCACUAUGUGUUGAUAUGUGGCUAUGAUGCUGGAGCAGAUAUGUUUGAGAUUAGAGAUCCUGGCAGCUCUAAGAAACAUAAGAGGAUUUCUUCAAAGUCUUUAGAAGAAGCUCGCAAAGCCUUUGGAACUGAUGAGGAUCUUCUUUUGAUAUCUUUGGAGAAAAGCAGUAACCAUCAUCAACCUUUUAUGCAACUAUCCAAUGAUGUCAAUACCGAUUCUUGAUUUUCUUGACCUGUUUUGCAAUGAUUUGCCAGUUAUGUUGAUGCUCUUUUUUUUUUUUUUUUUGCAUCCUUGUGUAUUUUAGUGGCUACACUUAGCUUAUUAUUUAUUUAUAUUCCCAUUUCCCUGUAUAAACCUCUUAAAAUGGUUUUGUCUGGGCUGUAUGUACCGUGUAGGUUUACUCGAAACUGUAUAGUGAAUUCAUUCUAAUCUUUAUGUAAAUCAUGUGUUCUUUCUCAGAAACGUGAGACAGACAACUGAAUUGUUGUUAAUGAAUUCGGAGUUCAAUUGCAUU